CUCGGCCAUUUUGACGCACCCGGCGUUCUGCUGUCUCGAGCUUGAGUGGGCUCGCGCCUCCCUGACACCCGUUACUAGGACACACCGGCAAGCGACCAUGAGUGACACCGCCAUCUCCUUCGCCAAGGACUUCCUGGCUGGUGGUAUUGCCGCGGCCGUUUCCAAGACAGCCGUUGCUCCCAUCGAAAGAGUAAAGCUACUUCUUCAGGUGCAACAUGCCAGCAAACAGAUCACGGCUGAUAAACAGUACAAAGGUAUUGUGGACUGUGUUGUCCGAAUUCCCAAGGAGCAGGGGUUCCUUUCUUUCUGGAGAGGGAACUUGGCCAAUGUCAUCAGAUACUUUCCCACUCAAGCCCUCAACUUUGCUUUCAAGGACAAGUACAAGAAGGUUUUCCUUGAUGGUGUAGACAAGCACACCCAGUUCUGGAGGUACUUCGCUGGUAACCUGGCCUCCGGAGGUGCGGCUGGUGCCACCUCCCUUUGCUUUGUUUACCCUCUUGACUUCGCCAGAACCAGGCUGGCAGCAGAUGUGGGCAAGGCAGGGUCGGAGAGAGAGUUCACCGGGUUGGGUAACUGCUUAGUAAAGGUCUUCAGGUCUGAUGGCCUUAAAGGUCUGUACCAGGGCUUCAACGUAUCUGUGCAGGGUAUUAUCAUCUACAGAGCAGCUUACUUUGGCAUCUAUGACACAGCAAAGGGUAUGAUGCCAGACCCCAAAAACACUCACAUUGUGAUCAGCUGGAUGAUUGCUCAGACAGUGACGGCCGUUGCCGGUCUUGCGUCGUACCCCUUCGACACGGUGCGCCGUCGCAUGAUGAUGCAGUCUGGGCGUAAAGGAGCUGACAUCAUGUACACGGGCACAAUUGACUGCUGGAGGAAGAUUGCACGUGAUGAGGGUAGUAAGGCCUUCUUCAAAGGAGCUUGGUCCAAUGUUCUCAGAGGCAUGGGUGGUGCCUUUGUGCUGGUCUUGUAUGAUGAGUUGAAGAAAUUCAUGUAAAUGUUUGUUGGUCAUUAUGUUGUGGUUGGCUGUAACAUAACUUGUAAAUUUGAAAGGACUCAAAUUCCACCAUAUUUAUAAGGGACCAACUAGUAUAUCAAUACUAGUUGUACUGGGGAGUUGUUUGUGCUUUUAUUUUACCUCUUUUCUGUUUUGAUCCUCAUCUUGUCAUUCCAAGAAAGAUAGAAGCCAUGCCAGGUACUGAUCCUGGUAUUCAGCUGGUCUGUUAAGGCAUUACACUUCAAUAAAGACCGACUGAACUUAA